GGAACUGACCUUUGAUCAUCCAUGUGUAUGACAUUUCCUGAAAGGGGAACAAUAAAUGUUAGUCACCUUCAGGUUGUGUUUGCUCCAGGUUUUCGGCAUUGUGCCUGCACUGAAUAAAAGCAAGCAGCUCCAGCUUCUCAGGGCUGCUGCACUUUGGCCACUAAAGCCAGGCAGAUCCCUAGCUGCUCUUACACUGCAUACCUGUGUCUGAGUACCCCUUACAUCCAUCGCUCGGCCAGGGUCUGCAGGACAGACCUGGCACGUGAGGAUGGGAUCCGCUGAGCUAAACCACUUGGCUCCCCGGCUUCAGCCCCCUUUUCAGGGGAGUGAACAGUUCUGUCUUGCUGAUGUUCUAGGCACCACUAGGGUAUUAAAAAAAAAAAACUCCUGCAGCUAACUCGGUGUCUACCCAAAUGGCCACCCAGUUUUGUGCUUGAAACCCUGGGCCCUUGUGGUGUAGGCCUCCAAGGGAAUCUCCCGGUCUGCAGCUUGUGAAGACCAUGGGAAAAGUGUAAUAUGUGGGCCAGAAUGCACUGUUCCUCAUGGCACAGUCCCUCACAGCUUCCCUUGACUACAGGAGGGAGUUCCCCAACCUCUUGUGUUUCCUGGGUGAGGAGAUGCCCCACCCUGCUUCAGCUCACCCUCCAUGGGCUGCACCCACUGUCUAACCAGUCCCAAUGAGAUAAGCCAGGUACCUCAGUUGGAAAUGCAGAAAUCACCCGCCUUUUGCAUUGAUCUCACUGGGAGCUGCAGAUCGGAGCUGUUCCUAUUUGGCCAUCUUGCCAACCACCUCCAGUGCAUUUGUUAUUUCUCUAAUUGUGUUCUUCAUUUCCAGAAAUUGUGAUUGUUUUUUAUGUAUGCUAUCUAUUUCACUGAGGAAUUUUCCUUUCAUAUCCUGUAUCAUGUUUGUUAUUUCUUUAAGUUAGAAUUCACCUUUCUCUAGUGCCUUUUUGAUUAGCUUAAUAAUAAACCUUCUGAAUUACUUUCCUGGCAAUUCAGAGAUUUUGUCUUGGUUUGGAUCUAUUGUUGGUGAGCUGGUGUGGUAUUUUGGGGGUGUUCAAGAACCUUGUUUUUUCAUAUUACCAGAAUUGUUUUUCUGGUUCCUUCUCAUUUGGGUGACUGUGUCAGAGGGAAGAUCUAGGACUCAAGGGCUACUAUUCAGAUUCUUUUGUCCCACAGGGUGCUCCCUUGAUGUAGUGUUCUCCCACUUCCUCUAGGGAUGGGGCUUCCUGGGAGCCAAACUGCAGUGAUUGUUUUUUCUCUUCUGGGCCUAGUCAUCUAGCAGAGCUACUGGACUCCAGACUGGUACUGGGAAGUGUCGGCAAAGAGUCCUGUGAUGUAAUACAUCUUCAGGUCUUUCAGCUGUGGAUACCAACACCUGCUCCAGUGGAGGCAGCAGGGGAGUGAAGUGGACUCUGUAAGGGUCCUUGGUUAUAUUUUCAUUAAAUGCUCUGGUUUUGUGUUGGUUGGCCUCCAGCCAGGAGGUGGCAUUUUCAAGAGUGCAUUAGCUGUGGUACUAUAGGGAGGAAGCAAACUUGACCUAGGGUCGUCUAGUUAUAUAUUCAUGUUUCUGAGGCAGUGGGCAGAAUAUGUCCUUUGUCUUGCAACCAGCGCAGGUAAAGAAAGACCAACAGGUUGGGGCAGGGAUAGGUGUGGCUGAGCUCAGACUCUUAUUGGGUGGGGCCUGCUGCACUUGCUGUAGGGGGCGGGGGUGUGGUUCCCAGGCCAAUGGAGUUAUGUUCCCAGGGGGAUUAUGGCUGUCUCCACUGAGUGACACAGGACACCAGGGAAGUGGGGAAAAGCCAGCAGUCACAGGCCUCACCCCGUUUCCACACAACCCACACUCCUAAAGGCCAGUCUCACUCCCACUGUGCCCCUGGCAACAACAUCGAAUCUAUUUCCAGGCAGUCGGUGACCAGGGCUGAGAACUUGCCCCUGGCUAUCAGCCUCCCUGCUGAGAAAGCAAGCAGACUCAUGACUUUUCUUUUUGGCAUCUCAGAGAAACUGCAGUGGCGAUACAGUUCCUUCAAAGGGUCUGUUAAUUCUCUUGGCUUUCCUGGUAUGUUGCUGCAGUAAUUCUUGAAGCAAAAGUUCAUGAUGUGAGUCUCCACAUGCUGUCCUGUCUGUCCCAGCAGGAGCUGCAAGCUAGUCCUGCCUCCUCACCCUCACAGAACCACCAGAAUAAUGUUUGACACUAAUGUAUCUAGGCACUCUGUGGCCCGGUCAAGUUGACCCAUAAAAUUAACCAUCACACUGGUCCCCAUGCAAAGUGGAACCCAGGUUUUGGAGUUCAGGCCCAGGGUCCCCUUACAAGGAGGGCUCCUGAGGGUGAUAAGUGUAAUGGUCAUAUCUAGGCUGUCCUUCAUAGCCACUUUCUUUCUUCCUAAACCUCAGGAUUUAAGAGCACUGGCCUGAAACCUGGAUUCGAAUCUCUGCCAUGUAUUAGUUAUGCAAACUUUAGCCAUAUUAUUUAAUCUCUAUGCCUCAGUUUCUUCACCUUUAAAAUUGAGAUAAAAAUAAUCUCUACCUCAGGAGAUUGUUGUGAAGAGUAAUUAAGUUAAUAUGAAACAUUUAGAACAAUGCCUGGUACAUGGUAAGCACCCAAUAAAUAUUUUAAAAUAAAUGUUUUUAAAUGUUUCCAUCUAAAACCAGUGUGAAUCAGUUGUGGGAUGUGGAAACCAAAAGCUAAUUGAGCACACACAAUAAAUAUCAGUACUUGCUGUUAGUUUUUAAAAUAUCAGCUAUUUUUGUUGCUCUCACUCAGGCAGUUUUCUCUCUGGCCCUGACACUGACCUUAGAAAAGAUAAAUCUCUACAAUGUGACCAUCAGGUCUGCUGCAGCCCUGGUCUGCUCUGCAAUAAAUGAAUUUAGCAUUUAUUGGGGUGCUCAGAGAAGUCCUAUCCCUGAAAGACAUUCUUUACACUUUAGGAAAACAGGAAUGGACAGUAAUUCCACCCUUAAAGGCCAGUGAAAUAUUGACCUAGAGUAUCUCCAACCUGGCGCUCUACAAGGCUGGGACUGCAAUGUAAACUCAUAUUCCCAAGGGAUCAAUUAAGCCAGAAUAUCCCACAGUUUGUCUAUAACAAGACAAUGGGGCUUUCUGCAGCCCUCAAAACUCUCAAGUGAGGAGAAAUUGUUAAGCCUUCAGAUUUUAACCAAGCAGACCAGAAGGUGGUAUAUAGCCAUAGCUUAUUAAAAAGCAUUUCAGAUAGAAAAGGCGGUGCUGUAAUUUCAGAUCUGAGAAAUGAAACUGAAACCAAACCUACAUUCUUCCUUCCCCAACCUCCCAGUUGUUAAACACGCCCUGCUGUUUCUGAGCCAAUUCGAGCUUGCUGUGAGACAGAAGCAGAGAAUACAUAGACUUCCGUUAAAACCAGAAUGAGGAAAAUACUUUUCUCUAGCAUCGUAGGAGGAAGAAAACAAACACAUCAGAUAUUUUCAGCACUAAAAGAGAUGGUUUUCCCCACAUAUAUGUAAAAGAAAUUUGCAAGACUACUGGUGGGUGAAUAGGUGGCCUUUUGUGAUCUCCUACAUUACCCUGGAAGUGAGACUCCUUCGGUUUCGUCUAGAGUCAGUUUGCAUUCUCCACUGAUUGUACAAUUCUGAGAACCAGAGUUGAGGUCUGUUUAAAGGGUCUUGGCAGAUGGAAGAUGUCCUGGGUCAAUGACAUACACCUGCUGUAAUCAGAGAAACGCAGAGGGAUGAGUAUGUCUGGCCACAGAUACAGGUAUCAGAAUGGCAAAGCAACUUAACCUUCCAGAAAAUACAGAUGAUUGGACAAAAGAGGAUGUAAAUCAGUGGUUAGAAAGUCAUAAGAUUGACCAAAAACACAGGGAAAUUUUGACUGGACAAGACGUGAAUGGAGCAGUCUUGAAGUGGUUAAAAAAAGAACAUCUUGUUGAUAUGGGCAUCACACAUGGACCAGCUAUUCAAAUAGAAGAACUAUUCAAAGAAUUGCAGAAAACAGCCACUGAAGAUUCGAUUCAGACAUCUAAGAUGGGAAAGCCCAGUAAAAAUGCUCCUAAAGACCAAACUGUGUCUCAAAAGGAACGUAGAGAAACUUCAAAGCAAAAACAAAAGGGUAAAGAGAACCCAGAUAUGGCUAAUCCGUCUGCAAUGAGUACAACUGCUAAAGGUUCUAAGUCACUAAAAGUUGAGCUCAUAGAAGAUAAAAUAGAUUAUACAAAGGAAAGGCAACCAUCCAUAGACCUGACAUGUGUAUCAUACCCAUUUGAUGAAUUCAGUAAUCCAUAUCGUUACAAGUUGGAUUUUAGUCUACAGCCUGAAACAGGACCAGGCAAUCUCAUUGAUCCGAUACAUGAAUUCAAAGCCUUCACAAAUACAGCAACAGCCACAGAAGAGGAUGUCAAGAUGAAAUUUAGCAAUGAGGUUUUCCGAUUUGCUUCAGCUUGUAUGAAUUCACGUACUAAUGGCACUAUUCAUUUUGGAGUCAAAGACAAACCCCAUGGGAAAAUUGUUGGCAUCAAAGUCACCAGUGAUACCAAGGAAGCCCUCAUUAACCAUUUCAAUCUGAUGAUAAACAAGUAUUUUGAAGACCAUCAAGUCCAACAAGCAAAGAAGUGCAUUCGAGAGCCAAGAUUUGUGGAAGUUUUACUGCCAAAUAGUACUCUAUCUGACAGAUUUGUUAUUGAAGUGGACAUUAUUCCACAGUUCUCUGAAUGCCAAUAUGAUUAUUUCCAGAUUAAAAUGCAAAAUUACAACAACAAAACAUGGGAACAAAGUAAAAACUUCUCACUAUUUGUGCGAGAUGGGACCAGCUCUAAGGACAUUACGAAAAAUAAAGUUGAUUUCAGAGCAUUUAAAGCAGAUUUUAAAACACUGGCAGAGUCCAGAAAAGCAGCAGAAGAAAAAUUCAGAGCAAAAACAAAUAAAAAAGAAAGAGAGGGACCAAAGUUGGUUAAAUUAUUGACAGGAAAUCAAGAUUUGUUAGAUAAUUCAUACUAUGAACAGUACAUUCUUGUAACAAAUAAAUGCCACCCAGAUCAAACAAAACACUUAGAUUUCCUGAAGGAAAUUAAAUGGUUUGCUGUAUUGGAGUUUGAUCCUGAGUCUAACAUCAAUGGAGUGGUCAAAGCUUACAAAGAAAGCCGAGUAGCAAACCUUCACUUUCCAAGUGUAUAUGUAGAACAGAAAACCACACCAAAUGAGACGAUUUCUACUCUAAAUCUUUACCAUCAACCCAGCUGGAUUUUCUGCAAUGGCAGGUUAGACCUUGACAGUGAAAAAUAUAAACCCUUUGAUCCAAGUUCCUGGCAAAGAGAAAGAGCUUCUGAUGUCAGGAAACUGAUUUCAUUUCUUACACAUGAAGACAUAAUGCCAAGAGGGAAGUUUUUGGUGGUAUUUCUAUUACUGUCCUCUGUGGAUGACCCAAGAGAUCCCCUCAUUGAGACUUUCUGUGCUUUCUACCAGGAUCUCAAAGGAAUGGAAAAUAUACUGUGUAUUUGUGUACACCCACACAUAUUUCAGGGAUGGAAAGAUCUACUUGAAGCAAGAUUAAUAAAACACCAAGAUGAAAUUUCAAGCCAAUGUAUUUCUGCUUUAAGCCUUGAAGAGAUCAAUGGCACUAUUCUUAAACUAAAAUCUGUGACUCAAUCUUCAAAAAGACUUUUGCCAUCUAUUGGUUUAUCGACUGUCCUUCUGAAAAAGGAAGAAGAUAUCAUGACUGCUCUGGAAAUUAUCUGUGAAAAUGAAUGUGAGGGUACACUGUUAGAGAAGGACAAAAAUAAAUUCCUUGAAUUCAAGGCAUCAAAAGAGGAAGACUUCUAUCGAGGUGGCAAAGUGUCAUGGUGGAACUUCUACUUCUCUUCUGAAAGUUAUUCUUCACCUUUUGUCAAAAGGGAUAAAUAUGAAAGACUUGAAGCAAUGAUUCAAAACUGUGCAGAUUCUUCUAAACCAACAAGUACCAAAAUUAUUCAUCUGUAUCAUCAUCCAGGCUGUGGGGGAACUACCUUGGCUAUGCACAUUCUCUGGGAACUAAGGAAGAAAUUCAGAUGUGCUGUGCUGAAAAAUAAGACAGCGGAUUUUUCUGAAAUUGGAGAACAGGUAACCAGUUUAAUCACCUAUGGGGCAAUGAACCGUCAGGAAUACGUACCUGUACUACUCCUUGUUGAUGAUUUUGAAGAACAAGAUAAUGUCUAUCUUCUGCAGUACUCUAUUCAAACAGCUAUAGCUAAAAAGUACAUUCGAUAUGAAAAACCUCUGGUGAUUAUCCUAAAUUGUAUGAGAUCACAAAAUCCUGAAAAAAGUGCAAGGAUCCCAGACAGUAUUGCCGUAAUACAGCAACUCUCUCCCAAAGAACAGAGAGCUUUUGAGCUUAAAUUGAAAGAAAUCAAAGAACAGCAUAAAAACUUUGAGGAUUUUUAUUCCUUUAUGAUCAUGAAAACCAAUUUUAAUAAAGAAUACAUAGAAAAUGUGGUCCGGAAUAUCCUGAAAGGGCAGAAUAUUUUCACCAAGGAAGCAAAGCUCUUUUCUUUUCUGGCUCUUCUUAAUUCAUAUGUGCCUGAUACCACCAUUUCACUAUCACAGUGUGAAAAAUUCUUAGGAAUUGGAAACAAGAAGGCUUUCUGGGGGACAGAAAAAUUUGAAGACAAGAUGGGCACCUACUCUACAAUUCUGAUAAAAACAGAGGUCAUCGAAUGUGGGAACUACUGUGGAGUACGCAUCAUUCACUCUUUGAUUGCAGAGUUCUCACUGGAAGAAUUGAAGAAAAGCUAUCACCUGAAUAAAAGUCAAAUUAUGUUGCAUAUGCUAACUGAGAAUUUGUUCUUCGAUACUGGUAUGGGAAAAAGUAAAUUUUUGCAAGAUAUGCACACACUCCUACUCACAAGACACCGCGAUGAACAUGAAGGUGAAACAGGAAAUUGGUUUUCCCCAUUUAUUGAAGCAUUACAUAAAGAUGAAGGAAAUGAAGCAGUUGAAGCUGUAUUGCUUGAAAGUAUCCAUCGGUUUAACCCAAAUGCAUUCAUUUGCCAAGCGUUGGCAAGACAUUUCUACAUUAAAAAGAAGGACUUUGGCAAUGCUCUAAACUGGGCAAAACAAGCAAAAAUCAUAGAACCUGACAAUUCUUAUAUCUCAGAUACACUGGGUCAAGUCUACAAAAGUAAAAUAAGAUGGUGGAUAGAGGAAAACGGAGGAAACAGGAGCAUUUCAGUUGAUGAUCUAAUUGCUCUUUUGAAUUUAGCAGAACAUGCCUCAAGUGCAUUCAAAGAAUCUCAACAGCAAAGUGAAGAUAGAGAGUAUGAAGUGAAGGAAAGAUUGUAUCCGAAGUCAAAAAGGCGGUAUGAUACUUACAAUAUAGCUGGUUAUCAAGGAGAGAUAGAAGUUGGGCUUUACACAAUCCAAAUUCUCCAGCUCAUUCCUUUUUUUGAUAAUAAAAAUGAGCUAUCUAAAAGAUAUAUGGUCAAUUUUGUAUCAGGAAGUAGUGAUAUUCCAGGGGAUCCAGACAAUGAAUAUAAAUUAGCUCUCAAAAACUAUAUUCCUUAUUUAACUAAAUUGAAAUUUUCUUUGAAAAAGUCCUUUGAUUUUUUUGAUGAAUACUUUGUCCUGCUAAAACCCAGGAACAAUAUUAAGCAAAAUGAAGAGGCCAAAACUCGGAGAAAGGUGGCUGGAUAUUUUAAGAAAUAUGUAGAUAUAUUUUGUCUCUUAGAAGAAUCACAAAACAACACAGAUCUUCGAUCAAAGUUCAGUGAGCCACUUCAAGUAGAGAGAUGCAGGAGAAGCCUAGUAGCUUUAAAAGCAGACAAGUUUUCUGGGCUCUUGGAAUAUCUUAUCAAAAGUCAAGAGGAUGCUAUAAGCACUAUGGAAUAUAUAGUGAACGAAUAUACUUUUCUCUUAGAACGAUGCACUGUCAAAAUCCAGUCAAAAGAAAAGCUAAAUUUCAUCUUGGCCAACAUUAUUCUCUCCUGUAUCAAACCUACCUCCAGAUUAGUAAAGCCAGUUGAAAAACUAAAAGAUCAGCUUCGAGAAGUCUUGCAACCAAUAGGACUGACUUAUCAGUUUUCAGAACCAUAUUUUCUAGCUUCCCUCUUAUUCUGGCCAGAAUAUCAACAACUAGAUCAACAUUCUGAACAAAUGAAAGAGUAUGCUCAAGCACUAAAAAAUUCUUUCAAGGGGCAAUAUAAACAUAUGCAUCGUACAAAGCAACCAAUUGCAUAUUUCUUUCUUGGAAAAGGUAAAAGACUGGAAAGACUUGUUCACAAAGGAAAAAUUGACCAGUGCUUUAAAAAGACACCAGAUAUUAAUUCCUUGUGGCAGAGUGGAGAUGUGUGGAAGGAGGAAAAAGUCCAAGAACUUUUGCUUCGUUUACAAGGUCGAGCUGAAAAUAAUUGUUUAUAUAUAGAAUAUGGAAUCAAUGAAAAAAUCACAAUACCCAUCACUCCCGCUUUUUUAGGUCAACUUAGAAGUGGCAGAAGCAUAGAGAAGGUGUCUUUUUACCUGGGAUUUUCCAUUGGAGGCCCACUUGCUUAUGACAUUGAAAUUGUUUAAGAGCCUGAUAUUCUUCCUCCAAGAAUUUGAUCUCAGUACCCACUUAAUUUUUUUAGACUCAAGAUCUAUGCUUUAAACUGGCAAGGUUAUAGAUACAGCCUCUAGCUCUUCAGACCUGUACAUGCAGUAUUUAAUUUCCUCUUAAACAUGUUAUGAGUCCUACAAAGACAAUAGUGAAAAAGGAAGGAGUGAGAUAUAUGAAAAGUAGCAAAUAUGUUCCUUGGUUUGGUUAACAUCAUUGAUGACAAAAUAAUAAGGAGCCAUGACUGGAGUCAGGAGAAGUUAGUGUAAUAAGCUGGCUACACAGAACCCCACUACUUACCAGGCAUGGAUUGAAGAAGAUUGUCUACUCAGAUGGCAUUUAGACAUUAGAAUGUCUGGGAAAAUAUUUCUCAAAGAGAGCAAAAACCUCUCAAACUGAGGAGCAACACUUAUUCUUACUAAGCAGAUCAUCAAUGUAUCAUGUUCUUGGCACUCAAGGAUCUUCCAAAACAGAGGACCAACCAGUCUUCUAAAGCUCAUGCCCACAGAAGUCAUCAGACCUUACCAAAGUAGGCUGGAGAAUUAGAUUGCCUUUUCAUGCAGUGAGAGUCAGUUAAGCAAAAAUGAAAUUUGUCUCUAUAGCUAAUUAGCUUAUCAACUCCCCUCCAAACAAACAAUUAAAAACACACACACACACACACACUCAAAUUCCACAAGCUAAUGAACAAAAGGGACUCUUGUGAGAAGACUAAUGAGUCCCUCAUCCAGAAGAUGCCAAUGUACUGGCAGAUUAACAUAUAACCUAUGUUUUGAACAAAAACAACCAGCGAUAUGUAAUCAAAAUGUAAUUUUCCCCUAAUAAAAUUAUGGAUAUGGGCAGUCAUCAAUGGCUGCCAAAACCAUUAAGUGGAAAGCUGAUUAAAAAACAAAAAUUUCUAAUGGAUUUAUCAAACUGUCCCAAGUGCUGAUAAAUAUUAACAUCACAGAGGAAGACCAGACGUUAUGGGCCUGGAAGUACUAUAGGAGUGCACACGUCACCCAUGACAUGGUCUUGCCAAAUAAUUAAACCUGAAUUUGAUCAGGUCUCUGGAUCUUAUUUGCAAUUCAAAAGAAAUUUUUAAAAAAUCCUACUAACACCACCACAAAUAUGCAAUCAGCAAUAUCCAGAAAGUGGAAAUUCACAGGACAAAAACCUGAUUUCUUCAACCAAAAAAGAAAGAAAUUGCAAAGGACCAAAAAAAAUGUUGGGGAAUCUAUACAUUAUAAGGGACUUAACAACUAAAGGGCAACAUAUAGACUUUAGAUCCUAAUUUGAGCAAAAUCUAAAAUCAAUUAUUAGGCAAUCAGAAAAAUUUGAACACAGACUAGAUAUUUGAGGAUGCUAAGGUACUAUAUUAUUGAAGAUUCCAUGGUUAUGUUUUUUAAAGAGUUCAUGCCUUUUAGAGAUACAUACUAAAGUAUUUGUAAAUAAAUGACAUGAUCUAGAAUCAGUAAUUUUGUGUUUGGGGUGUGGGGGUGGUGAAAGGGAAGUAGAACCGAAACAAGAUUGGUCCUGAGUUAACAAUGGCUGCAUGCUGGAUACAUGGAAUUCAGCACACUUUUCUCCCUCUUACUGAUUAUGCUUUUGAAAUUUUCUCUUGCAAAACAUUUAGAAAACAAAAACAAAAAAAAUGUGAUUUGUUUCUGUCUUCAAAAUCUCAUUAGAAUUUUUUCACUGGAGGAAGAUUUUCCCUUGCUUCUGCAUAAAAUUUUAACUCCAUAACUUAUAAGCUCACUCUUUAUUGUUACUUUUUAAUUGACAAAUAAAAAUUGUAUAUUAUUUAUGG